GUGAGUGUGUUUUGGUGGGGGUGGUGGGGACGCUGCCUUUGUCAGCACAAGAAAAGUCCAUUUUUUUCAUUUACACUGCACUGCUUUUCCCGCUUCUUCUUGAAUUUCAUUCUCUCUUCUUUGACCCUGUGUGGAGCAAUCGAUAGAUAGGCGGAGGGAGCUAUCCUCCGUCACAAAUUAGGGAUGGAGGAGAGAGUUGAGAUUCCUGCAAAAGAGAGAUGCACAGAAGUCAUAGAAGUGAUGGACACUCCAGAGAGGGGCAAGAACACCCAGAUCGCAGCAUCCAUGGCCAAAUUUGAGGAUUCCCCAGUUUUUAUGUUCCUCAACAGUCUCUCCCCUAUUAUGCCGGUUAAAUCCACACACAUCACGCAGACGAUCAAUCCUCUUAGUUUUGCAUCCAUUCCAUCUGUCUUCACUUCGCCUCAUGUUAGUUCUCUACGGGAAUCUAGGUUUCUCCGAAGGCAUCAGCUUUCCGAUCCAUCAAAACCUGAGUUCUCUUCCUAUGAUGGGACUAAACCUGGUGCAAAUAAGGAGGAUAUAGAUGCUACUAAGAAAUUGGAUGAACAAAAGGAAAGUGGUGAUGGCGGGGACGUGGCUGCUGAGCCAUCUUACGAUGAUUGCUCCAAGUUUGUGGUGGAUUUCACCAGCCCUAGCUCCAACUUAAGACGUGGCUGUGGUCUUGAAGCCAAAGCCAUGGCAGAUUACGGUUGCACUUCUUCAGCCCUUGUUCCGCCAAUGGAUGAGCCCCCUCAGAGGGGUGAAGUGAACACUGACGGGGUAUAUCAAAAUAGAGAAGCCAAGUCCUGUGAUUGGGAGCAUAUGGUUUCUGAUACUUCGGAGCUGCUAGUCUUUCAAUCUCCCGAUGAUAGAGAUUCUUACAUCAAAUCAAUCGAUCCUGGGACAAGUUUCUAUACCGGGAUUAAGAGCGACAUGCAGCGCUUGCAAGUGAUUUAUGCGGUGGAUUCUGGAGAGCAUGUUGUUGCGGGAAAUGAAGCUAAAACAUCGUCUACUCAGCCCAGAGAAGAAGAUGGAAUGGAAAAUGCUCUAGUUUCCGGUCCAUCAUUGAGCAAUUCUGAUGAAAAAGGGGAUUGUGAGCAACUUGGUUUCUACCGAGGUAUGAGAAGGCGCUGUCUGGUUUUUGAGAUGGGAGGAGCCCGUAGGAAACAUUUGGAAGAGAAUCGUGUCUCGGAUUCUUCCGUGUGGCUUUGUUCUGAUGGCAAUAUAACCUCCAGCGGCCAGAAGGUAGUUGCGCUAAACAGGGGGAACGAGUCUUCACGUCAUCUUAUGCCUGGAAUUGGCUUGCAUCUAAAUGCGCUUGCAACAACACCUAAGGACAAUCAAAGUGGUAAUCCUGAUUCUUCAUCGUAUGCACGGUUAUUGAUUGGUCCGAGCUCAGUUGUCAAUCUCCACCCAUCAACUACAAAUCAAGGACUGCUGGACGACAACUUACUGCUUGCCACAUCUGACAGAAAUGGCGAUGGCAUUGAAAAUGCUGUUGAAGAUGCCUGCCCGCCAGCCGCAUAUGCAGCAAAUGAAGAGAUCAAUCAGGGCAGUCCAAAGAGAAAGAGACGUAGGGCUGAACAAGCUGGGGAAGGCGAGUCCUGUAAACGGUGCAACUGCAAGAGAUCAAAAUGUCUAAAACUCUACUGUGAAUGCUUUGCUGCUGGGGUGUAUUGCGUGGAGCCGUGUGCUUGUAUAGAUUGCUUCAAUAAACCUAUCCACGAAAACACUGUCCUUGCAACGCGUAAACAAAUCGAAUCAAGAAAUCCUCUUGCCUUUGCUCCCAAAGUGAUCAGAGGAUCAGAUUCACCAUCAGAAAUGAGGGACAACUCCAGCAAGACUCCUGCUUCUGCUCGUCAUAAGAGAGGAUGCAACUGCAAGAAAUCAGGCUGCUUGAAGAAAUACUGUGAAUGCUAUCAGGGUGGCGUCGGCUGCUCCAUUAACUGCAGAUGUGAAGGGUGUAAGAAUGCAUUCGGUAGAAAAGACGGCAUGGAGGCUGAAGUCGAAGAAGAAAUGCAUGCAUCUGAGAUGAGCAUGUCCGACAAAGGUUUGCAGAAGAUUGUAAUAGAGAAUGACGUGCAACAGAAUCCGGAAGAAUUCGCAACUCCUGCAACUCCUCUACGGGGAGGAAGGCAAUCAGUUCAGCUCCCGGUUUCCUCAAAGAAGAAGCCACCACGAUCUUCGUUCCCUUCCAUUGGCUCCUCCUCCUCGAGUGUCCUUCCUAAACAAGGAUUUGGGAAGUCAAGCUUCUUUCCUCCUCCACCAAAGUUCGACACCAUCAGAGAAGAUGAGAUCCCCGACGUUCUCCAAGGCGGAGGAGGGUCUCCCGAUGGAGGCGUCCAGUCAGCCUCCCCUAACCGGAAGAGAGUGUCGCCGCCUCACAAUGCAGGCGGCAUGUCCCCUGGCCCGAAGAGCAGCCGCAAGCUCAUCCUUGAGUCGAUACCAUCGUUCCCGUCUCUCACUCGGAACCAGUGAAUCAUCUCUCUGUUUCCCCUGCAGUCCAGGUCAGAUCACCAUUGUAGUGCUGUAAGAUAUACUAUGUCCUUUUAGUUCCAUUUUUAUUUUCAUGUAUGUAAAAUAGUUUUUCUGUUUACCAUAAUAAGUUCUUGUAUAGAUUGUUUUUCUAUGCUAGAUCACAUGAAGUUUGCUUUUCUUCAACAGUUCUUGAGGAUUCUGUAAAUUGUGAGAGAAUGAAUGGUUUGUUAUUGAGGUGGACUGA